CUAAUGAUUUGAAUUUCUAGGCUUCGUAUUGAAUCCAAUAUUGAAAUAAAUAAUAAAAAAAUUGUAACCCUUCAUCCUCCUCUAUUGCUAUCGAGUCGGGUCUUAGCUGCUUGCUUACAAACCGCUCUUCAGUUCUUCGCACCUUUCAACAGGUUUGCUGAUGUGGUAAAGAACCUCAAGAUAGUUGCUUGCAGUUUAAUCUGUUGAUGCCAGACAGUAGCAUCCCCCAUCUGGUGGGUGCUCUUGAGUUAGAGUUGGAAGAAUGAUAUGUGUCAUCUUCUUUAGAUUAAUUUGAUGAAUCUGUUUACCUAUUGUAAUCUAAAAGCCCUUCCAUUUAUACAAAACUGAAAAAUGGCUUUAUGUUCUCAUUUCUUGACCCCUACGGACUGGCAUGUAACAUCCCUUAGUUCAAACCUCCUCAGCGGCAGUCCAUUGUGGUUGCACUCCAAAGUCGACUUCAAGUGUCAAAGAAAAGAAAAUUUCAGAACUCAUUAUACUUUGACUCCUUGUUCCUCUAUCAAGAUUGUUCGUAGUCGUUCGUUAGAUCGGCAUGCUGUAAAACAUAACAAAACUCGAUUUGUGCAAAAGCUGAUAAUCCUACUGCUAUCUAAACCAAAGCAUUAUAUACCACUACACAUUCUUUCCAAAUGCCGUGGCUAUCUUUCCCUUCCCAGACCCCGUUCUCUCCUUUCAAUGAUUCAUCGUUAUCCUUCCAUUUUUGAACUUUUUUCAAUCCCUUAUCCACCCACACCACUCAAUGCAACAAAGCUUUACCCUCAACUUUGUGUUCGUCUAACCCCAGCAGCAGCAUCUAUUGCUAAACAGGACUCUGAUCUCAAAAUGGUAAUCUCUAACAAAUUGGCUGAAAAGCUCCAGAAAUUACUUAUGCUUUCUUCACACCACAGGAUUCUUUUAUCAAAGCUGGUUCACCUUGCUCCCGAUCUAAGCCUGCCCCCAAAUUUUAGGUCCCGUCUCUGUAAUGAUUAUCCAGAAAAAUUUAGGACUGUUGAUACCUCAUAUGGCCGUGCACUGGAGCUUGUCUCCUGGGACCCCGAGUUGGCAAAGCCUUUACCUUGCAUUCAAGUGCCUUCACGUGAGCUAAUUGUGGAUAGGCCAUUAAAAUUCAACUUGUUGAGACUAAGAAAGGGGCUGAAUUUGAAAAGAACCCACCAGGAAUUUCUAAUUAAGUUCAGGGAUUUGCCAGAUGUAUGCCCUUACAAAAAUCCAGCGAGUGAGUUGGCCAAGGAGUCUCUCGAGUCAGAGAAACGAGCUUGUGCUGUGGUGCGAGAGGUAUUGGGGAUGAUGGUUGAGAAGAGGACUUUAAUAGACCACUUGACACAUUUCAGAAAAGAUUUUGGGCUACCAAAUAAACUGAGAGGAAUGAUUGUGAGGCAUCCGGAGUUAUUUUAUGUGAGUUUGAAGGGUCAGAGAGACUCUGUAUUCCUUGUGGAAGGAUUUGACGAUAAGGGUGUUCUUCUGGAGAAGGAUGAGACUUUAGCAAUAAAAAAUCAAUGGAUGACGCUUUUGAAGGAAGCAAAAAGGUUGAGACGGGAGAAGAAGAAGGCUCAAAUAUAUGACAGUAAAUAUGGAAAUGAUCAUGAAAACAAUAAUCAUGAUCAUGAGAUGGAAAAUGACUAUGACGACGAUUACGAUGAUGGUUUUGAGAGUUUAUUUCAGUAUGAGGAUUUAGAUUUUGAAGAUGAGAACAGUGGUGUGCCAAGCAUUUGGUCGAAUGGAGACUUUUGGACUACAAAUAACGUAGAUAUUAGUAAUGAUGCAGAUGGAGGUCACAUAGAACCUUGGUGAUGGUUAAUUUAAUUUGUUUGGAAGGAUCAUCAAAAUAUUUCUAUUAUUAAUGGAAACAAAGGGCCCCUUCAGAAUUCAGAAAAAGAACUUUGUGAAUACUGAAUAUAAAGAUUGACCUGGUAAGCUGAGAAAAUCUUUAAGUGAAGCCUGAUGAUCUAUAGGAAGGGCUGAAGCUACUGGUUCUAGUCUCAUCUGUUUGUGCAUGGGCUAUUAAACCUCUGCUGAUAUACCAUUAUACCUUCUCAAGCUGUAUAAUUCAAACCUGCUUGACCUGUUCAUUUGUCCCCUCAAAAUGUACAAUUAGUGCUAGACCUUUCUGUGAAGUCUAGACGAAACUUCUCCCUAAUCAAAAGGGAUGUCUGGGAUAUAAGUUCUAACUCUUACUUAUGCAUACCAUUAGAUAAAUUAAGACAACAAAUUCAUGUUAAUGAAUAAUGUAAAUAGUUGGGUAUAGUUUGGUAGCUCAUUCUACCUCGUGGUCUCUUGCUGUGAAUGUAUUCAGAAUUUGUUCCCCCCACUGGUAAAUUGUCAUUUCUUGUUUCUCA